AUGUUCUUACCUAGCAUCGUCCUCCAACUGGUCAUUGUGGCCUGCUUCCCACUCCUCACCACCGCUCAGUUCACCACUUCCCUAGUACUGGACCCCAACGCCGAACUACCUCUCAAGCUUCGUAAUCAGAAUGAAGAUCUCGACACAACCGUAACCACAACCCCCAUGGGCCCCGACAAAACCCAUCCCCCAGCCAAAACCCUGCUGGCACCUCCCACCACCGUCAUCGCCGCCUGA